AUGGUGGCUGAGCUUAUUUCAGGCCCUAUUACCUUAGUUGAACGGUCACAACUGGUCUUUGAACAUGCUGACUUACCCACGGUGAACGAUGAACUAUCAGUGACAUUACGACUAAAACUUCAUAGUCAUGCUUCCAGUUGGGCUAUUAUUUUUCACAAAGGUACCGAACGGUUUGUCCGUACUCCUACACUCGAGUUGGUACCAAAAAAAUCUUCAUUGCAUGCUCGGUUCACCGGCAACUGGACUAACGAUGCAGGAAUUUAUGAUUUUGGUAACGGACUUUUGUUGGAUAAAUGGUAUCAUAUAGCAUAUACGCUUUCUGAUUCUGAAAAGAGAUUAGACAUCUACAUUGAUGGUGAAUGGGUCGGAUUCUAUGGUAUCCAGAACGUAAAAACGGAAAAUGUUGUUUUCAAUGAAGGACCAUUAUAUAUCGGACGUUCUUUCGACAAUGGAUUUAAUGGUGAAAUUUGUAAUGUUCACUAUUUCAACUGGCGUUUAUGUGCCGAAGAAGUGAAGGAAGAUAAUAAACUAGUUAAAUAUGGCUCGAAGGUCGCCCUUGUUCAUGUACCUACUAGAAAAUAUUUGACUACUAAAAGAGUAAAAUAUUCAGAUACAAAUCAAUAUAUGGCUGUUUGUAAUGGUCGGGAAUUAGAUUUGAAAAAUGACGUCUUUAUCGUUAUUGAAGCUUAUGGUACGAGUGUAAACACGGGUGAUCCAGUGCCAUUUAAUUCUACUAUUGGAUUUAAGCAUCAAGCGACAGAGGAGGCGACGUUAAAUUCUCAUCCUAUAAACAUACCGGAUUCGAAGCAUCAGCAAGUGACCAUCUGUUAUGGUAGAGAUAAUAACGAUGACUGGGUCAUUCGACGUUAUGGUUCUAAAGAUGACUCGUGUUAUUUUUCGAAUGGUGAAAUAAUCAGCCUAAUUCAUGUAACUACUGAUGGAUCACUUUAUAGUCAUCCCAAAUUAUUGGAAGAUGGAACCCAAGAAGUUUCUUGUUAUGGAAAUGGAAAUGACGAAAAUAAUAAGUGGCGUAUUGAAUUAAUUGCUGACUCGAAACUUUGA